AUGACAUCUCCUCGUAUUUCGGGAACAACUGGUCGCGAUUCGCCAAAUCCCAUUUUUAACGAACCCUUUCAAUUCGAUGAACAAAAAUUCUCAAAUUAUGCCGCUAAUCCUGAAAAGCAAGAAUUAUAUGUUUUUAACUGGCUAUCCAAUUUAGAAAGAGAAUUAAAAAAGACCGAUAAAGAAACCUUGAAAACAUGCCAAGCGAGUCUUGAGAAACAAUUAUUAAAAUUUAUUUCCUUGGCUUCUCCUAAACCACAUAGACCUAUUCGUCAGCUAAUUGCAAGAUGUUUCGUAAUUAUUUAUAUUAAAGGAGAUUCAAGAACAUUAUUUGACACAAUUACUGCUUUACAAAGUAUUGUCAGUGCUGGAAAAGGUGUAGGGGAAAAGGACUCAAAAUUAGCUUCAUUGCAUUGUAUUGGGAUAAUUUCAAAAACAAUUGGGAAUCGAAUUUUAUCUUUAUUUCCGGAAACGAUUGGCAUUUGUCUUAAAGUUAUCAAAAAUGCUGCCAACGUUAGUAUUGAAGCCAUAAACACUAUGACGAGAGGACUCGAAGGAUCCGCUAAAGGUGUUACGGAAUUAUUAGUGAAAGAUAUGAUUAAACAAUUGAAAUCUGGAUUAAAUGACAAAGCUAUGAUAAUCAAAGUUGCAACCAUUGAGUGCAUGUGCGCAAUAGCCAAAUAUACCUAUGAACAAUAUCCAAUUACUCAAAGUGAAUUAGAGCAAUUACUUUCUUCGAUGUUUAAAGUGUUAGAAGGGUCAAAUCAGAUAAUCCGUCGUUCAGUUGCUUCUUAUAUAGCUAUUUUACUUUCAGGAACACAGGAUGAAGUAGACUUUCUUGCUUCAUCAAUGUUACCAAAAAAAAAUUUAACCUCACAUAGUAAUACAUCUCAAAAUCCGGGAAGUCCCACAAUUAAUCAACCUCCUGAACCUAUAAGAGCUUCGUUUUCUGUUGAAGAAAUGUUGUCUCAUCUUUCUUCAAUUUAUAAUAAGCAAUCAAGUACCAGAGAAGUACGUUCUGCUAUUAUUCUGGCUUAUGCAGCCCUCUUCAUAAAAUUGGGCACUACUUAUGUGGAAUCAAAUUACGCAAUAAUAACGCGUCAUUUGUUAAAAGAACUUUUGUCUCAUCCACGAAACUUGAAUUCACGUUACGAGGCCCUUAAUGUUCGUGAACAUUGUGAAUUAUUACUUCGAGAAGUUAUUGGUUCAAGACUUUUAAGUGAGCAAGGUCAAGUUACAGCAGUUAGAGAAUUAAUAAAUAGUUGGGUCAAACAAUGGCCCGCGCAAAAUCAGGUUGAACCUUCCAAAUUAUCUCUUGUAUGUGCCGUGAAUGAAAUUUCUGGUUUACUAUUAGAUUUGGGAGGAGCUGCAAGCACUGUUUUGGAUGUGCUCGUGGAACCGUUAGUUACGCUUUUAAGUCACACGAGUUAUACAGUACAAAUUUCUACUGCAUGGUGCUUAAGAUGCUUAUGUUAUUCUUUACCUGUAAAAUUAUCUGAACUUAUUAUAAAAGUUCUUACAUUAAUUAACAAAGAUUUAAACAAUUUGACGAAUCAGUCCGCACCGCAAGAUUUACCAAAACGAACAUUGGGACAUGUUUAUGGAUUAGCGGCUCUAUUAAGCGUUGUACCUGCUCGUCCACUAGAUGUUUCAUUUGAAUUAAGUGCCCGUAUAUUUUCCUUGGCAACUCAAUUAAUAAAAUCAAGUGCUAACAAGGAUCACGCAAUAGCUAGUGUACAAAUUCAAGUUGCGUGGACUUUAAUUGGCUCGUUAAUGUGUCUGGGUCCGAAUUUUGUCAAAUUACAUCUUCCGCAAUUGUUGAUUUUAUGGAAAAUAGCUUUACCAAAAUUAACUUCGAAAGAAUCAAUUACGAAUCGUACAGAAGCUGAAUGGUCAUUCAUGUAUCACGUACGAGAAUGCGUUUUAAGUGCGAUGCUUAGUUGUAUAAUGCAUAAUUCAAAAUUAAUAACUCCCGAUGUGGCCAAAAGGCUUUCCGCUUUAUUAUACAAUACUUUAACCUUUAUAUUAUCUACUCCUACAUCGUUUUCGAAUACAAAUACUCCUAAUGGAUCUACUACUUCAAUAAUUCCACAACUUCCUUCAUCAGCUUCAUUAAAAUUUUCUGAUCGCGAAACGUCAUUAAAACGUCGACUAUUACAAUGUUUUGCUGCACUUAGACCAGUUUCGUCCUAUGAUAAUAUAAGUGCUCAACUUUUGAAAUUUUGCUUAUCCUAUUUUGCUGAUCCGGAGAAGUACUUAGGAUCAGCUAUUACUGCGGCUAUUGCUGCGGUGUCUGGAUCAUUUACUAAUGUAUGGACUGCUGGAGAUGAAUGUGCUUUCGGAGUUGCAAGUAGAUUACAAGGAAUGAACAUUGACAUUGCUAAUGAUGUUCAAAGUGAAAACAAUAGUAGAGUUGCAAUCAAAGAUUGGCUAAAUCGAGAUUUGGUUGAAAGUCGGUUAGAGAAUCAACUUGAACAACCAAUAAUCGGAGCUCCGGAGCAUGACCCAUUGAGAAUUUACACAGUAAAUUGGGUAUCAUCUUCUAAUUCUGAUUCAUUGAGCUUACCAAAACCUGUUCCAGCAGUAACUUCACUUGUGGAUUAUAGUAUUGAGCUCUUUGCAUUAGUAUUUCCAUUACAAAAUGCAUCAUUGCAGGAAUCUUAUCUGGAACAAUUAAUUAAGGCGGUUCGACAUCCUAAAUUAGAAAAAAGUCCUGGAAGGAAAAUGGCGGUUCAAGUAAACAUGGUUAUUUGUUUAUUAGCCAUUUUCAAAAAUAUUAUGAAUGUUUCUGGAAGAAAAGGAGAAAACUCAGUGCCAGCCUUGGCUGACAAAAAAGUUGGUGCUUUAGCUAUGGAACUAUUGCAGGAAGCAAUAGUUCAUCCCGAUGCAUAUUUGCGUAAUGCUGCCUGCGAAGCACUGGGACGCUUACUUAAUGUUGUUGGAGGAAAUAUGGUGCCAACACAAAUGCAACUCCUUGUUGAUCAGGUUGUUAAUAAUAGGGAUCCGGAUGCAAGGGCAGGAAGUGCAUUAGCAUUAGGUAGCAUUUACAGUUACGUUGGCGGUUUAGCUGCAAGUGGUCAUCUUAAAACUUUGGUUGGCAUUUUGUUAUCGCUUAGCAAUGAUCCUCAUCCCGUAGUUCAUUUCUGGGCACUUUAUGCUCUGGCAAAGAUUGUGGAAUCAGCAGGUCCAAUGUUUUCACAAUAUGUUAAAAGUACUUUAGGAAUUAUUGCGAAACUUUAUAUGGCUGAUACUCAUGAACCUGGUAGUGGCUCCGUUGGAACCACGAAUGUUGGUUUAGGUCUAUCAGCUUAUCAACAAUUUGGUAAAAUUAUUUAUGGUAUUAUUGGAGUAUUAGGUCCGGAAUUACAAAUUAAUUCAAAGAUAAGAGAUUUAUGUCUUAAUCUCAUGAUUGAACUUAGAAAUGAUGAUGAACAAUUGGUUGUAGUUGAAUCAAUACGUUGCCUUCAUCAUUUUACCAUGUUUGCUCAACAACAUUAUAUUUUUGAAAUAGCAGUAUCGGGAUUAGAUAAUCAACUUUUUUCGUUACUCGAUACUGAUCCUACGGUUUAUGGAGUAAAGGACAUUGUCAAGAGUUGGCUGAAUCAAACCGCGCUUGAUAGUCCUUCUACUUGGGUGGAAUUAUGUCGUAAGAUUAUGUCCAAAACGGGAUCAGUCGCUAGUGCAGGUGCACCAAUCGAGCCACCUUCAUUAGAUAUUAUUGAGGAAGACAUGGGUGACGUUGGUGAUGAUGACGGCUUCGUGAUUGAUCAGUCCGUAGUGAACACCGUUGUAGACACUUCACAGAGAGUUCAUAAUAUCGUGAAAAGUAAUCAACAAGCGCAAGAGAUUCCUCCUCGAUGGAGAACUCAAUUAUUUGCACUUCAAUGUCUUCGUCAAGUAGUUGAAGUUAUUCACUUGAGUGGGGAUAAAAGACAUUUUGACCUUGCAAUUGCUAAAAAAUCAGGAAAAGAUUAUUUGGUAUUGAGAGUUGCGGAUUUGAUAAAAAUGGCAUUUACUGCCUCUACGGCAGUUGUUAGCGAAAUGAGAUUAGAAGGUUUGACUGUGUUGAGAGAUGUGAUUGAGAAAUUUGCUGCUACUUCUGAUCCUGACUUUGAGGAGGCCGCGCUUUUGGAACAAUACCAGGCUCAAAUCGGUGCAGCAUUAACUCCGGCUUUUACAGCAGAAUCUUCUCCAGAAAUUCUUUCCGCUGCUGUAAAAGUAUGUGCAGUGUUUGUUGGAAGUGGUAUUGUCAAAGAAUUGUAUCGAAUGGGACGCAUAUUAAGGCUUCUAACUACUGCAUUAGAAAAAUGCAAAGAUAACUUAAGUGUGACUGAAGUUGGAGAUGUAAAAAAUUUUAGUCCUCACGCUGCAAUUAUGAUAAAACUUUCUGUAUUGAAUGCUUGGGCCGAACUUCAAGUGGCUAGCAUUAAACAAACAUAUUUGGUUCAAGUCGUUCAACCAAAUUUGACAUUAUUAUGCCCUUUGUGGGUAUGUGCAUUAAAAGAAUAUGCUAGAGUUCAAAUUGAAACAGAUAUUACCGAUGCGCAAGUUAAUGUAGUCGGUACCGGAUCUUUGCAGAAUUCUCAUACAGAAGUUUUUGAUUCAAUGUACAGUGGUUUAACAAGAGAAGUUAUUCUUCCGUAUUAUAAUAAAUCUUGGUUAACCAUUAUUGGAGCAGUAGCAAGCUUAGUUGAGAAUAAAAAUAAUUAUAUAAUAUCUGCUUUAAAUGAUGAGAAAUGUGAACCCGAUGAUUCAAGUAGUUUGGAAAAUGAAUUUCAGAGUUUUGAGGAUUUUGGAAAUAACGACUCUAAUGAUUUUCCCAAUGAAUUUGAGUCCUUUUCUGAAGAAAAGGCGCUUGAAACCAAAAAAAAUUCCGCCAAAUAUUUCUUUAUUCUCUUUGGACUUUGUGUCGAAGCAUUGUCCAAUACGUUUGGUGGAAGUGGUCGUAAUAGUGGUGUUUCAAAUAAUGCGGAAAAUCAAAAGAUUGUACAAACUUGUAUUAAUGCAUUGAAAUCAUUUUUGAGACCGAUAGUAGCCGGUCAAAAUUUCUUGGAAAAACCAAUAUUUAUUGAAUUAAUAAAUUUAUUUGAUCGGCUUUUGCUCACCGAAGGAUUUCAAGUACAACUUGAUAUUAUUCAAAUAAUAAAAAAUAUUAUUCAAGAUUAUGGUUCAACAUAUAUAAGUGAAGACCUAAACAAGACAACGAAAAUCGUCAAUGGUGAAAGGGAUGAUAAAUCCAAUUCUGAAGGGUUUUUUGGCAACAACGACAUAACGAAAACAAUUCUCUUUCGUAUAUUAAAAUUAUUGAUUAAUAUAUUUUUUCAAAAAAUUCCUUCACUUGUUGAUCAAUCUGAAAUGAGAAGAGUAUUUAGCCUUCCACAAGGAGAUGCGCGAGGUCAAACAACUCGUGAGACAACAGUUCUCCUCAUAUUUACUUUAGAAGCAUUCACGUCACUUGUUUCUAUAAUUCCUUCAAAAUUCAAAAUUGAUUUAAUAUCAGUUGCAUUUCAUAUUUAUAUAUCCAUUUUGCAUGAUUCUAGAUUCCAGGAAGAACUUGUACCUCGCGUACUUGUGAACAUUAAAUUAUUAUGUUCAAAUAUAGAAUCACAGUUUGAAGACUUAUUUGAAAAUUUUUCUCGAAUUAUUCAAUUAACUAUAUCAUCGAAUUUAAUUAAGAUCAAUUCACUUUUAAAAAAUCCAGAUGUAUUGAAUGAAGUUAAUAUUUCAAUAAUAAAGAAUAGUAUGUUGGCUACAGCAUUGCUUUUUACUUCUUGCCCGAAAUCAUGUGUUCGAUUUGAUGCAUUGCAAAAAGAAUUUGCAAAUAUAUUAAAUAAAGUGCUCUAUUCAGACGAUCGCACGGUAACGUGUAUCCGAACAUUAGUUUUGUUUUCAUCUAAACUAUCUGAACUUCCAUCUUCGAGUAAUGAUAUCAUAGCAUCCAUAGAAAUUAGUAAUAAUUUUACUAAAAUUCUUAUACCUCAUACAGUUUCAUUUAUAAAAAAUAUGAAUGAUAAAUAUGUAAAUGAAAUAUUUUCAGAAGAAAGUAUUGGUUUAUUGAAUGUUUUGGAAGAAUCAAUCAAAACUUUGUUGACCAUAAAUACAGUGAUACCGGAUUCACAAAAAACAAUAAUAAUGAGAAUUACAUUACCUGUCUUAAUUUAUUUAUUGGCUGAACCUCCACUCGAAAAAUAUUUAUUAUCAGAAGAUUCAACAAAAGGGCUUCCAGCAUUUCACACAAUUUCUGUGACACAUUUACUAUCACUUGCAGGGUUACAACCACAAAGUUUUAAAGAAGUAGUGACAUUUUUACCUCCAAAUCAAAAAUCAAAAUUAGAAGCAGCAAUUAGAUUUAAUUAUCUCUUUGAAAAGUGA